CAAUGAUAAAAAGAAAAGAAAAAAAAAAUAAUAUCCUAAUAUUUAUCAAAGAAAGACAAACAACAAAAGCAAUACCAUCAUCACCAACUUGAAUCAUAUUUUCGAAGAAGACAACGAUGAAACCGUUUGUGACGUGUUCGAUGACAUGACAAUUUCGCCUUGCAGUUCGACUUUUGUCCUUCCGUAUAGAAAGGUCUACAUAUACCAAGAAAUGGGAAUUUUGGCCCAUCAAAUUGUGAACUAAAAGGGGAGGAAAACAAAAAAACUAAAGAAAAUAAAAAAAAACAAAUCAAGUUUCUGGAAUAUUCUAAGAGCUUCACUGAAGACAGAAAGUGGAAGAUUUACGUUUUGGUAAAACUAGUACAGAUCUGCCUCAAUUAUUAUACAUCAGCAGCGAAUUAUACACACUUGCAGUGAGGUAUAUACAAACUAGCAGUGAGUUAUAUACACCAGCAGGGAUUCAUAUACCCCAGUAGUGAAUUAUAUUCCUUUCUGAAAACUAAUAAUUAACAGCCAGCACCAUGGCGGUGUCUCAAAGACUUAUGGUUCUCUCUCAAUCCAAGCAAUUACACUCAAGAUACGUUCCACCCAGAGCAACACCCCAGUGGCCAGUGUCUACCGCUGCCCUGAAUGCUAUUUGCAGUCCGAGAGUGGUUGACCUUGCAGUUUCAAAGAAACAACAUCCACAAUUUCUAGAACCAAAACCAGUGAAAACUGAAGUGUCACUGUCAGCCAGAAAUGCAAAACCAUCACCUCGAAUUCGUGUACUUGCUGCACCAUUAGUGCCACGUCACGCAGAGUGUAAGCUUGUGGAAUUUCAGAAAAGUAAGUUGUAUGAAGACAAAAGAAUUUCGGUUAGCAAUUGUACAACCUAUACAAAGCAGGAAAUGUUAGCAAUCAGAAAGUCACUACAUAGCAGAACGAGUCACCAAAUUCAGCAGCCCGUUACCAAGCCACAUUUGAACAUAAAAAUACCACCAAGGCUGGUAGAACUAAGCACACCACUGUCUAGGAAAAUGAUUAAGGACAUAUACAACCCUUUCCAAGUGAUCCCCACUGCAAAGUAUGCAGUUGCUAGUGAACGUUUAUCAGAACUUGCAAAACCAAAGACACAUCACCUUUAUAGUUCACUAUGUUAGCUUUCUUGUUUUCUACAGGAAUAUUUGUCUUUCGUGUUUCUGAGACGUUCUUCUUUGACACAAAAGUUUGUGGCCGGGCAUUUCAGAAAAAAUAAGUAGGGAAAACGAAAGGAGAAAAGGAACAUAGG